AUGGGCUUCAAAGAGGCUUAUGCCCGAUCCCCUCUGGGGAAGUAUCGUGAAGUAAUCAGACUGGCGCCCCGUGAAGUCAUCUACAAUGGCAGCUUGAUUCUUUCUGCAAUCCUUUAUGCUAUGUCUGCGGUUCCGAUGUCCUGGGAUCAAGGCUCAUCCGCCGUUGUCCCUUCGCUGCCGGGUUUCCAGAACCAUUUCCACAUCACUUCCGGGGCGAAUGCGUCGCAGAUCCGAAACUUUGUCUCCUUGGUUUUUAUUGGCAUGGCGGCCGGCGCUGCAUCCUCCUUCCUUCUGAACGACUUGAUUGGUCGCCUGUGGUCAUUCCGUCUCUACCAGACCGUCUGGAUCAUCGGACAAAUUGUUGCCAUUUUUGCCACAAACUUGCCGACUCUUUGGGCAGCGCGCAUUAUUUCGGGGUUGGGGAUUGGCGCUCUUUCUGUGACAGGCCCCAUGUCGAUUGUCGAAAUCGCCCCAGCGGAAAUACGCGGUCUCCUCACAAGCUGGUUCGUUGUCGCCAUGGCUACAGGAUUGUUCGUGUCUAUAUUUUGUGUGUAUGGCUUGUUUCUCCAUCAUGCUGCGAACAGACUCCAGUACCAGAUUGUAUGGUUUGCACCAUGCAUCUUCAUAGCGCUGUGGAUCAUCGCCAGUUUCUAUCUCUGUGAAUCGCCCAGGUGGCUCAUGAUGGUUGGUCGCAGGGCUGAUGCGAUCAAAACCCUCACCAGGCUGCGUGGCUUGCCCGAGGACCAUCCUCGUGUCCAGGCAGAACUCAGUGACAUCGAACAGUCUAUUAACUCCCUGACAAAUGGAGAAAAGAAGACUUAUCUGGCAAACUUAACCAGUGUUGUGAAAGAGACAUUCACAUCUUCCUCUAACGUGCGCCGCGUGAUACAAACUGUGAUCUCGUACGGACUUGCGCAACUGUCUGGAGCGAAUGCUGUCACUUCCUAUCUUAUGCCUAUCCUUGAGAUCAUUGGAGUGGCGAAGGGAAAUACGUCGGAAAAGAUGUUCAUCAGUGGUAUGUAUGGCAUGGCCAAAUUUUUUAUUGCCAUCAUUGCCUCCUUCUUUUUCAUCGAUGCUCUUGGUCGUCGAAGAUCGCUUUUUAUCGGCGUCAUCACCCAGAUGAUCUCCGAUAUCUAUAUCGGCGUCUUCAUCAAGUAUAAGCAAGACGGCAACCCCUCCAAUGCUGCAUCGACAGCCGCUAUCGCUGCAAUCUUUAUUCACGCAUUUGGAUACUACGUUGGGCUUUGCAUGCUCCCCUACAUUUUCGGUGGUGAAGUCUGGCCUAACCGGAUCCGCUCCUUUGGUGGUGCCCUGAGCCAGACUUUCCACUGGGCUUUCAGCUACGGUUUGACGUUCGGCAUGCCGUCAAUCCUUAGCGACAUGAACAACUGGGGCGCCUUUCUCUUCUUUGCGGGCUGGUGUUUUACUGCCCUCUGCUACGUGUACCUGAUGGUUCCUGAGCUUUCGGGUCUGAGUGUCGAGGAAGUAGACAAUGUUUUCAAGGGGCCAUGGCUCAAUGCUCGCCGCUCCACCAAACAUGUUAUCGACGGUGUUGACGAUGUCGACCGGGAGAACUUUGGCAAGGUAACAAAUAACGGAGCAGUGGAGGACACUAAGAUCCCGGUCCCCGUUUAA